AUGUCAAUUUUAGCAUCUGCCGCAUUUUUAACAUGUGUUGCGGCUGGUGCGGGUAUAUUCGCGUUUGCGUCAACUCUGGCAUCAGCUAGAAAAACAGAUCCCACCAUGUUUUCCAAAGGACAAGCUCCUUCAUUACCCACUACUGAAUCAGGUGUACAGUUGGCCAUUAGAGCACUAAAAUGGGGAACAUUCUACGCUGUUGGCGGCUGUGGACUGUUUUUUUAUGGUGUUUGGAAAAUGAGCGGUGCUAAUGAUAUGCACGAAUUUAGAUUAAAAAUAGGUUCAAUUCUUCCAAGGCUUACUCCAACUGUUCACAAUUCACGUACAGAAUUUGAAGGAUUGACAGAUUUAAUGACGUAUUUGGCUACAGACUAUUCAGGACAAACUUCAAAAACUGAAAUCACUAAUGACCUUAAUAAUGAGUCUAAAAAUGAAAUACCCAAAAAUUGA